GUUCUACUGGGACUUUACUAUGCUGCUCUUCAUGGUUGGCAAUCUCAUCAUCAUCCCUGUGGGCAUCACUUUCUUCAAAGACGAAACAACAGCACCCUGGAUUGUCUUCAACGUGGUCUCUGACACCUUCUUUCUGACAGACCUGGUAAUGAACUUCCGGACGGGCAUUGUCAUUGAGGAUAAUACUGAUAUCAUUCUGGACCCUGAGCGGAUCAAGAAGAAGUAUCUGAAGACCUGGUUUGUGGUGGACUUUGUCUCCUCCAUCCCUGUGGAUUAUAUCUUCCUCAUUGUGGAGAAGGGCAUCGAUUCAGAGGUUUAUAAGACAGCCCGGGCCUUGCGCAUUGUCCGUUUCACCAAGAUCCUCAGUCUCCUUCGAUUACUUCGGCUCUCGCGGCUCAUCCGUUACAUCCAUCAAUGGGAAGAGAUCUUCCACAUGACGUACGACCUGGCUAGCGCUGUAAUGCGGAUCAUUAACCUCAUCGGAAUGUGCUACUCUGUGUCAUUGGGAUGGCUGCCUGCAGUUCCUCGUGCCGAUGCUGCCGGAUUUCCAAGCGACUGUUGGGUUUCCCUCAAUAACAUGGUGAAUGACUCAUGGAGCGAGUUGUACUCCUUCGCCCUCUUCAAGUCCAUGAGCCACAUGCUGUGCAUUGGUUAUGGACGUCAGGCACCUGAGAGCAUGACUGACAUCUGGCUGACCAUGCUGAGUAUGAUUGUGGGAGCUACAUGCUACGCCAUGUUUAUUGGCCAUGCCACCGCCUUGAUUCAGUCUCUGGACUCCUCCCGGCGUCAAUAUCAAGAGAAGUACAAGCAAGUGGAACAGUACAUGUCCUUCCACAAGCUCCCCACUGACUUCCGGCAGAGGAUCCAUGACUACUAUGAGCAUCGGUACCAGGGGAAGAUGUUUGAUGAGGACAGCAUUCUGGAGGAACUCAAUGAACCAUUGCGAGAGGAGAUUGUAAAUUUCAACUGCCGGAAGCUGGUGGCCUCCAUGCCUCUCUUUGCAAACGCCGACCCCAAUUUUGUUACUGCUAUGCUCACCAAACUGAAGUUUGAGGUCUUCCAGCCAGGCGACUAUAUCAUUCGUGAAGGGACCAUUGGCAAGAAGAUGUAUUUCAUCCAACAUGGAGUGGUGAGCGUCCUCACCAAAGGCAACAAAGAGAUGAAAUUGUCAGAUGGCUCCUACUUUGGAGAGAUCUGCCUACUAACAAGAGGCCGGCGAACCGCAAGUGUCCGCGCCGACACCUACUGUCGUCUCUACUCCCUCUCAGUGGACAACUUCAAUGAAGUCCUGGAGGAAUACCCCAUGAUGCGGCGGGCUUUUGAAACAGUCGCCAUUGACCGCCUGGACCGGAUAGGUAAGAAAAACUCCAUCCUGCUGCACAAAGUCCAGCACGACCUCAACUCAGGUGUCUUCAACAACCAGGAGAACGAAAUCAUCCAGGAGAUUGUCAAGUACGACCGAGAGAUGGUGCAGCAGGCCGAGUUGCAGCAACAUGCUAUUUAUGCCCCGCCUCAGCCGCAGGUGACCUCGGCCAUUGCCACUCUCCAGCAGGCAGUGGCCAUGAGUUUCUGCCCACAAAUGGCCAGUCCCCUGGUCGGCCCAAUGGGUCUGGGCUCGCCCCGGAUGGCCCGCCGACUGCAGUACCAGGGAGGCAUCGCUGGGCCCUUUGCCAUUUCCCCGGCUUUGCUCCAGCAACAUCGUCACCAACAGCAGCAGCUGAACUUGCAACAACAACAACAGCAGAGUAUCUUGCAACUACAGUCACAAAAUGUGCAACCGCAACAGCAAAAUGUUGCUCCACAGCAGCCGCCGCAACAGCCAACCCCUCCACCAGUCUCCUCCGCCGGCCCCCUGCCUUCCUCAUCCUCCGUAUCCAGUCCGCCUUCCCAGAGCCCCCACACCAGCCGGACGUUCCCCUACGAGGGCGCCAAGGGUCAGUCGGGUUCCCAGCUCUCGCUGACUCAGCAGAAGCCCCCCAGCUCCCCGCAGCGCCUGGCAGCCCACAAGAGCACACAAGCCCUUCACACCAGCAGCCUGAGCCAGGAGAGCCGGCCACUCUCGGCCUCCCAACCCUCCCUCCCGCAUGGCGUCUCUCAGACCAUGAGCCAGAGCCCCCCGUCCUCAGCUCACGACUCUACCACUUCCAUCCCAGCGGCAGCAGGGCCUGGGGGUGCGUCGCCCGCCUCACCUGCCACCUCGACGCAGAGUUCCGGCAGCAUGCCUCAAGCCGUGCCACGGGCAGCUGCAGCACCACCUUCCCGCGCGGGACUACCCCACCAGAUGUCAGCCACCACAGGGUACCCAGGGCCAGCGGGGGCGAUCGCUAGCCCCCCCACUGCAGGCCUCCAACAAGACUCGGGGAGUGCCCGCAAGGAUUCCAUAGUUAGCACCCCUGACACGGACCCAACAAAAUCAAAGCUACCUUCCAACUUGUGACCUUCAACGUUAGUGGUGGGGAGGUGGAAAAGAUGGUAUGGGGAAAUAGUAGUGGGCAUUGCCCCACUUUCCGCCGCCCCACGAUACAGCAGAAAGAGCUGGCAGUGGGGUCGUGCCACAGAAAUGCAUCAUGGCGCCUUUUCUCUCAUGCUGACCAUUGCUCGCUCUGAAAAACCGGGAACACAAGAGUGGGGUCCCGAGGAGCUUUGGAAGUGAAGAGAAGGUGGAAGUAAAGAUAGUGUCCAUGGAUAUGGGGGAGGUCGGUGUUCAAUGGAGGGGUGUUUUUUAGCCACAAGACAGAUUGGUCCUCAUACCACCUGCCCUGGUGAGGUAGGGAGACUCGCCUGUCCUGUUGUAGCUCCUGACCAAAGUUUGGCUCCCGUCUCCUGCGGUCAUCUCCAUCCCACCUCUCACCCCGCUGUGACCGUACCACAGAAAGCCAUAAUCUAGUUUAUCAUGCAGUUUAAUCCAAUGUGUGUAAAAUAAUAUACAUAUAUAUAUAUAUAUACAUAUUGAAAGAGAAAUAAUAAUAAUAAUAAUAUAGAUAUAUAUAUGAGGUAAACCAUGUGUACAGCGCCUUAUACAUCCGUGCUCUCUGCUGAGCCUGGAAGGAAGGGAAUUUGGGGAGGUGGAUCUGUGGGAAAGGAAUUGGGAUUGUUAUGUUCAGAAGGUAGAGUUUUCCUUCCGCCUUUUCAACCUCAUUUUCCCUCGGAAAAAAGGAAAUCCUCCUCCUUUUUCCCCACUGAAAACUUAAGAAUCCUGUCUUUUCAUGACCCCUUCUCCACCCAUGGGGUGGCAUAUUUCGGAGGAUUGAGUUGAGGGAAACUGCUUCUAUCCCAGUGGUCUUCAGUGAAGAACUAGUUGUAUUUUUGCCUUCCAUUGGCCUUCCUUCCUUCCUUCCUUCUUUCCUUCCUUCCUUCCUUUUCCUCUCUGGUGCCUUCUUCUGCAAAACCCAAUGCUAUCUUAUAGAAUUCUCUGCCACAAGUUGUGAUGAUGGUUCUUCUUACUUAGGUGGAGAUAAAUUCAGGGAGGGCAUUUCCAUCCACAGUGCUGCUUGUUGUCCUUUGUGUGUCUCAUGCCUAAAACGUUUACUCCAAUCUUUUGACAAAGCAAAAGGCUCGCAAAAGGCUUUCCCAAGAUUUUAAUUAUUGGUAGUUAAGAGCUUUAAGCUAAAACAUAAACCUGAUUGAGAAGGAGGAGCGGAAGAUAGGUUGCAAGAAACGGUCUCUUCUUUGGCUUAUCUUAGUAACUUUCGUUGUGAGCACCUUCCAUGUCAGUGGGGCAGCAAAUCCAUUCCAAGUUUUAGAUUGAGCUUUAUAGGAGCCAACCAAGGUUUUAGACUCUUUAUCAUUGAAAUAAGUGUCUUGAGGGGAUGUCAGGUAGACUAGAAUACAAACCAAUGGAUGCAUAUUAUUUGGGGGAGGAGAGAAAAAUCCACCCAAAUAUUAGCAAGAAUUUCUUUACUGUAAGCGUUGUUGAGCACUGGAAUAGACUGUGAGGAGGUUAGUGGGUGCACCUUUUUCGGAGGUCUUUAAACAGAAGUUGGAUUGACAUCUUUCAGAAAUGUUUUAACUGCGUAUUCCUUCAUGCACUGCAUGGUCCCUGGGGACCCUUAAAGUUUUGACCAGUAAUCCUAAGACUUCGAUCAAAGCUAGUUGGGGAAAGAAUAAAGAUUUAGCCCUGGUAAAAUAUUAACUUUUCCUUCCCUUCUCCUUCCAAUUUGCAAUUUGCUUCUUGUUCCCUGUAGAGUAUUUUGUGAGUAUUGUUGGUGAGGUUAUCACCAGUGUUCAGAGGCAGUCUUUCUCUGAAAUAUCAGCUACUACAGAGAAACUAUAGGGAAAAAAAGGAUUGAAAGAGAAAAGCAUCCGACUGCAAACAUUUCUAUCAAAAUGCCCUUUAAAAUAUUUUUAAAGGUAACAAAUAUGACUUGUUAACAACAAUAAGUGGCUGUUGUUACUAAUUGUUCCAUUACUUUUGAAAUGUAAUUUCAUUGUGCCCUUAUUACAAAGGGAAAUGAAUGUAUUUCCUUCCAAGCCCUGAUCUUUGUUAUAGGAUCAUUGGGUUAUUUAUUGGAUAAAACAAGUUUACUUUUGCAUCAGCAGCUGUGCUGAAGAAUAGGCAGGGAUCUUUUGAAAGGCUCUUUUUUCCCUCUUGGAAGCAGAAGCAGUGGCCAAAAUUGAAAACAUCCUGAAGUGUCAUUCUAACUGUUUCCACUGGUAUUAUGUGUGGAAGAGUAAAUUCCCAAAGAGAAAAAGCAAUAGAGAGAUGGAUAGCUUCGUAAAAUCUCCCUCCCUUUCCUCUCCAGCUUUAACAGAAUUUGGUUUGGAGUAUUUUCACUGUCCUCUAUAUAGAAACCCUAAAUAUACCAAGAAGGCUUUCUGACAUGUUAGGCUGCAAAUGAUGCCUACAAAGCGGCAUGGAGGACAAUUGUUUGGUUAGGGCGCCAUUUUGUUUCACGCAAAGGUAUCUCUGCUAGAGUUCUCCUGUAAGAAAAGACAAUGUUCCAGAUUAACCUCACAGAGGAUAACGAAAGGAAUUGGGCAGAGAUAGCAGGCACAAGUUAACCAAAAUCUCCAGUUCAGGGCUUUUGCUGGUAUAAUUCACUGUAGACCAGGCAAGUGUUUCUGACUAUUAGUUGUUUAUAGCUAUGGCAAUCAAACUCUCCCACCAAAUAGGUUGUUAAAAUUUCUGUUGUGUUUUAACUCAGGUGUACAUUUGUACCGGUAUAAUUGGGACUCGCAACAAAAUAUGGCAGCGUGCAGCAUAUGUUUUCAGGCUUUCGGCCAGCCUUGCCCUUUCCCUGGAAAGUUUCUUCUUUUCCAAUACACUUUGGUUAUCUCUCAGCUCCCUAGGAUUUUUUUGUAUUUGUCCAAACUUGAGCCUCAGAAUAAUUCAGUAGUUCUGUCCUGCGAGUGGGUGAUGCAUUUUGGUUACCCUAAUGGUAAGUUUUUAGAGAGCUGAAGUUGCAAUUGGUGCAGCUAGUGGGAUACAAUAUGUACUGGCUUUGCCAGUACCAGCUGCCAUUUUGUUAAAGACACCUGUUGAUGGAUUUCCAUAGAGUUUGAGCAAAACUUGUAGAUACUGCAAGUCAUCCCAUGCCUGUAUUUCAGAAUAUAGACAGAGUGGGAACCUGUGAACCUCCAGAUGGUGUUUAAACAGACUUGGUUAAUGUUGACCAGACUUGGCUCACCCAGGAAGCUUUGUGGCUAAGUAGAGUUUUGAACUGGGGUCUCUCCAAUACUUGACUCUCUAACUAUUGCGCCGCAUUGUGACUCUUCUCUCAUGACUUGCGCGAGGGCGUUGGAAGGAAAAGGGCUUGGUGCUGUGCUAGAAUAGGAAGGCGCAAGCAUGUGCGGUUGAGUCAUCCCCACCCACCAGCCUCCCUCCAUCCUUCUUCCUUCACAACUCAAGUAGAGAGAAGGAAAAAACAAACUUUGUAUAAAACCAGAUCCUGGGAGAAUUCCACUUGCCGUGGCAAAAUAUUCCUGGUCCCAGCAGAAGCCCAGCUUUGCCAUUGCCUUGUUUUUGCCCUUUACUCUCCGAGCCUUUUAGUGUCUGCCUGUGUGAGGUGUUUUGGGUGCAUGUGUCCAUGUUUUGCCUCUUGCUGUUUUGGGCCUGCCUCUUUGAGGCUGUGUGUAUGUAUGUAUUUGGGGUUGUUGUUUUUUGCAGGUGCCAUGAAAUGGCAUAGCUGCUGGUGCACUGAGGUGGCAUGGACUUGGGGAGAAGAGAGGGCAAGUUGUGCCACUGGGCUAACCCUGGUAUUUCUCUCUUGAGCAGCGCUGGGUGACCUGUAGCCUUCUGAGUGUUGUUGGACUCCAAUUCCCAUAAUCUCUAUAGUCAGGCUGGGGUGAGAAGAGCAGUGGCACAUCAGCAUCUGGAGGACUGGAUCUUGAGUAGGGGUUGGGAAUCAUUCAGCUUUUCAAAUGUUGAACUGUAGCUCCCAGCAUUCUUAACCCUUGACUAUACCACUUGGAAGUGCAGUCGAACAUCAUCCAGAGGGUUGCAUCUCUUGCCUACAGGUUGGUAUGCACUCCUCCUUCCACAAAUGCCAUCAUUUAACAUUCUCUUGCCCCAAACAUAUGCAAGUGGGGAGCGGAGCAUGAUGGCUUCACUCCCCACUCUAAAUCCUGACCCUCCAGAUCCUGGCCCAAUGCACUCUCUCAAGAAAGCCACCUUGGCUUCCAAGUCCUUCACUGAGGAUCUGCUGGCUUGCUUAUCCUUUUCACCAUCAGAAAGCAUUCAGAAUGCAUUUACAAUUCUACAAGGGGAAAUAGGGAUAUGUAGGUUAAGAGUUUGAGUUUCCGUGCUUCCACUUCUACUUCAUUCGCUUGCAAUAAAUGUGCAGCUUUGACAGAUGGGUCCAAAAUACAUUCCUUUGAAACUCAGGUGUGUAUAGUCUUGAGGUGUGCAUCUUUAUAGGUAGAAAAUGGGUGGUUUGGACAAGAUUUGGAAAGGUUCUUGUCAGCUUGUUUACAAGGGCAGACUUGGGCGAGCUAGGAAGGCACCGAAUCCCUGGAAACAGUGGAAAAACAGAGAUCCUGAUACUGUGUUUUGUCAUAGGAAGAAUCUUGGCCCCGAUGCUGUCUUGCUCUGGUCUCUGAGCCUUUGAAACAAAGACAGGAAACACUUGCAUUUCUUUUUCCAGGCUUGUGAUGAAGGGGACUGGAGUCCAUGAAAGCUGCUGCUGAACUAUAUCAGUCUCAAAGGUGCUGUUAGAGCCAUCCUUCCGUCCCCCUGUCUUUUCCUCAUAUGCUGAAACAGACUAAUACUGCUGUGUUGGGGGAGCGGGUGAUCAGACACUACGAGGUCUAGAAACUUGAUCUUUGGAAGCUGAACAGAUAACAUCAGUAUUUCUACUUAUGCAAGGCGAAUUACUAAUGUAUAUGAUUGUAUAUGUGUUUAUUCUGGCCUCAAACUCCCCCCAAACAAUGCACAAGGUUGCACAGAGCUUGGAUGCCCACCAUGGAGGAGUAUCCUAGAGGUGGAUUCCUGAAGUGGUCAGAGUAGAUGUUCCUUAAGACCCCUUUUCAACUUGAUUAUUUAGAAAUGGAAAUCAUGUAGCCAGCUCAGAAUGGGAAUUAGUACUAUAUUUCCGGUCUCAUUUGGGGGCUGAGCAGAAACAGAUAAAGUCCAAAUCGUGUGUUUUUGGAAGGGGCAGUGUGAAUGGGUGGCAGCUUUGCCUUUUGCACUAUUUUCUAGCUUUUGCCCAUCUCUUGUUUUCCUGGCUGUUUCCAGGAAACAUGGACAGGUAUUUGCUGUCCUAAUUUGCCAGUAGUCUGCAUGAAGAUGUGUGCUUUUGUGUGACUUAGGAUGCUGGAGUUUUGGUCUGGAGUGUGUAUAUAUGCGUGUUUGAGAAAUGCUCCUUGUGUGGAUGUGUUCAGUGGCAAACAAAUGCAGAGAUUUAUUUUUAAGAACACUUGCUGCUUGCUGCUGUUGUAACUAGAAAUUGACAAGACAGGGAGGGUAGGUUUGGAUUGACAUCAGCGGUCCUUUCACACAAUAAAAUCAUACAGUUACGAUUCCACUUCAGCUGCCAGACUAAAAUCCUGUGGAGUUUUGAGGUUUGUUGUUUGAUGAGGCACUAGAACUCUCUCUGGUUGAGAAUUACAAACGGCCCACUAAACUGCAAAUCCCAGGAUCCCACAAGAUGUGGGGCCUUUGUGUAGAGAGAAAGGGACCCCCAUAAGCUAAGAAGAGAGCCAUGACCUCCCAUUAUAGACAUCCAGUGGACAAAGUUCUGGUCAUCUAUAGAUAGUGGGAUGAAAAGAAUCAUUUGGAGUGCCUUUGAACCUGCAUGUGGUGUGGGGAGACAGUUCCUCUGACCAUGAGCAGAGCGAAGUCUCUCUCUCUCUUUCUCUCUCUCUCUCCUGUCCUGGGAUGAUAGUGGGACUGAAAGAAAGCCUUCUUUUCCCUUCUGAACAGGGUAUGUCUAUAUAUAUAUUUUUUCCAUGUUCAUAAGAGUGCAUUGAAUUGGGUGUCAGUGGAGGCACAGUGUAUUUAGCCUCAGGUCAGAUAGAACUAGGGUCAUUACAUGUCAAAGCUUGAAAUGGCACCAUUUGGGUGGGUUGAGACGUCCAGGGCACCUGUCCCCCUUGCAGCAGGGCUGCUUUGCCAUGUUUUGCCUGAAGGAAGCCACAAACAUUGUCAUCCUAUGAGCCUGCCCCUCAAAUAAGGCCAAGAGGUCCAAAAUACUGAACCAGUACCCUGAAAGCAUGUAAUGAAACCAUCAAGGAUGUGCAUUUGUCACCUCUCAAGGUGAAAAAUGGGUUGAGGGCAGAGUGGUAGGAACAAAAUUGAAGGACAGUGGAGAUGGUUGAACAUUGCGUCCCUCUUGCUGCCAUUUCUCUGGUUCGUACCACUUCUUCCUGGUGUUUCUUGGAAAUCGGGCUCAUAGGAUGCAUUUUGGCAUGUCAAAAAGCCUCUUCCAGUCUUAACUGUGGAUGGAGUUGGGGGCUGGAGCAUCAUUUAAAAAUGAUGAGAGAUUCUUCAAAGCAAGAAACCAUGGUUUUAAUACCAUUAAAAAUACGGAGCCACUUGUGCGUCUGUUUGUUCACGGCAGUGAACAGACAGACCUAGUAGGAAGGUCUCCACUCAAAAGGAGCUUACAGUCAUCAUGGGCAAAGGAAGUCAAAUAUAGGUGAUUUCUAUUAGAAUGAAGGAGAAUUUACACACACACACACACACACACACACACACACACACACACACACACGGGAAGUACAGCCAAUGUUCCUAAAAUGCACACUGUGCGUCUGCCAUUUGAAUGUGGCUGUGAUUCUAAGCACACUGACUAGAGCAUAAAUGCCAUUGGAAACAGUGAACCUUGUUUCCAAGUCAACAUUUCUUAGGAUUGUACCGCAUAUCUUGAAUUUCUCCAGGGACUAGCUUGUGAAUCUUGCUACAUAUCUUGUGUUCAUAUCGUCCUCUCCCCAAAUUUUUCUCCAAACUGGAACCUCUCCAUUCAUCUUCUGAACACCUUGCGUCAUGUCCAGUUCCUUCUUUUGUGUUUCUUUCUGGUCUGCAGGGGAAAAUAUUGCCCCUCAGAUAUUCCCCGGACACAGAAGAACCACUUCUCUGAAUUGUAUGAAGUUUGACCGUCAGUUGUUUUAAUAAUAAUAAUGUUUAUUUUGGCUUUGGGUUUUCUGGCCCAAACUGUGGUGUGAAUGGCUGGUGGCCGAUUUCUAAUGACUUUGUUCUGCUUCACGAAUGGCCUUUUGAGAUCUUUUGUGGAAAUGUGCGGAGGGCAGAGUGGCGUGUGAUUUGAAGCAGCCCCAUGCAAUAGCAUCUUUUGCCAAACUUGUGCCAUCUGUGUCGAAUGUACAGCCGAUAACUGACCAUGGCUAAAACCGACCAAAUGUUCAAACGGCGGGGGUCGGGCAGGGUUUCUGUGAUCCAAAACUGGCUGCUUUCUAUCCCUUGGGCAACUGUCCGCCUGUUCAUCUGGACCCAUCCUGUGUAAUAAAACAUGGCAGAACUGAA